AUGUGUGCUUCACAUCAGCCCUGCAACAUGACACCCGAGGAGGCACAGGGAAUAAAUAGCAGUACCCAUAAAACGGGCACGGGCCGCUCGGCGCCGCCGCGCUAUCCCGCAAGGAAGGUUCCUUGGCUCUUCCACUCUGGACCUGGCAGCGAGGACGGCUCUCGUGGGCAAAAGCGGAGCUCUCCUGCGCUCCAGAGUGAGGAAGAAACAGGAGAUGCUUUGUCUAAAUGGGGAGUUUAUCGUGAGCUGCUCGUGAUUGAGUUGUGGUGCCGAAGAAACAUGGACAGGAGCAGCAGGGACAGGGUGCGAUGGGGAAAGCUAGAAGCCCUGCCCAGCCUGAACACUGAUGGAGCCUGUGUAUUUAAAUGCCUGGUUAACAGAGACACUGAAUACUGUCGUUUGGGGAAAGAGUCUGUGUUAAUUACGCUGGGAUACAACAGUGCCUUGSUCCAGUUCAAAUCACAAGCUGAAUACAGUACAUUUUCCAGUGCAUUAAAGAAAUGCUGUAACCAAAAGAAGAAAGACUCUGUGUUCAGUCAGCGAACAGAUGAAUCAUCUGCUUCCCAGUAUUUUCAGUUUUAUGGCUGUCUGUCCCAACAACAGAACAUGAUGCAGGAUUUUGUGAGGACAGCCACGUAUCACAGGGCCAUCGUGCAGAACCACAUAGACUUUAAGGACAAGGUGGUUCUAGAUGUUGGCUGCGGAUCAGGAAUCCUUUCGUUUUUUGCAGUGCAGGCUGGAGCUAGAAAAGUCUAUGCAGUGGAAGCCAGUUCAGUGGCAAAAUAUGCAGAGCUGUUGGUGUGAAGUAACAACCUUUCUGACAAGAUCAUCGUCCUGUCAGGAAAAAUCGAGGAGAUCUCCCUACCAGAGGGUGUUGAUGUGGUAAUUUCUGAACCGAUGGGUUAUAUGCUUUUCAAUGAAAGGAUGUUGGAAAGUUACCUCCACUCCAAAAAAUGGCUGAAAUGCAAUGGAAUGAUGUUUCCAACACUUAGUGACAUUCAUUUCGCUCCUUUUUCCAAUGAGCAGCUGUACAUGGAACACUACUCCAGAGCCAAUUUUUGGUACCAAGAAUGCUUUUAUGGGGUCAAUCUCUCCAGUCUUCGCAAAGCAGCUGUGGAUGAAUAUUUCAGACAGCCUAUUGUGGACACCUUUGAUGUGCGAAUCCUGAUGUCUCGGACGGUGAAGUACACCAUCAACUUCACGGAGGCUGCGGAGGAGGACUUGCACAGAGUGGAAAUCCCUUUUGUUUUCCAAAUGAUGCAGUCUGGACUAAUCCAUGGCCUGGCCUUCUGGUUUGAUGUGGCUUUUGUGGGAUCGCUGGUAACUGUUUGGUUGUCAACUGCGCCAACGGAGCCUCUCACCCACUGGUACCAAGUGCGCUGCCUUCUUCAGACGCCUCUCUUUGCUAAGGAGGGAGAAACUCUCUCAGGGAAAGUUUUGUUUGUUGCCAAUAAAAGACAAAGUUACGAUAUUCAGAUUGUGGCUGUGGUAGACCAGACAGGAUUUAAAUCGGGUAACAUUCUUGAUUUAAAGAAUCCAUUUUUUAGGUAUGCCUAGAAUAUAUCGUAGUUUGGCAUCAGAAAAGAUGAAGUGAGAUUCUCACCAAGCUGAAUAACCAAUGAGACUGAAUUCAGUUCCUAGUAGGCCUUUGUAAAAGGUCCUUGUGUAAAAUCAGUUUGUAACUGUACAUAUCUGUAAUAAAAGAGUUUAUGCAAGUAA